AUGUCGUCCCCAUUUUCACCUACAAGCAACUUGCGGCGCAAGAGAACGGUGGAGGGUUCUUGUUGGCCUUGCAAACAGCGUCGCAUAAAAUGCGAUCUUACCAAACCAGCAUGCCACCGUUGCAUAGCUUCUGGGACCGAAGACUGCAGUUACGACAAACUACUACUCAGAUGGAAGAAGCGGCCAAGCAAGAGUAUGCCCGAGACGACACAGCAAAGCCUAUUAGUGCACAGAUCCCUCAACGAUAUGUCGUUGGCAACGAACGAAAGGAGAGCAGUGGAUUAUUUCAAAGGCCGAUUGUGGCCACUUUUCUCAACGGUUCACGAACCCAUACCGCCCCCGGUGGCUCUGGCUCUACGAUCUCAACCGGUACUCCAAGCGUUGUGCGUGUUCGCAGAGGAGCAUCGCGCACUACAAGAGAAAGGCCAAGCUCAACAUACUCUCGAGAAUAGACGACUACAUUGCUUGACGGUCAUACGAGGGGAGCUGGGUUUGGAACAGACCGAGACAGCCUCACUAUCUGCACUUCUGGUUGCUGUUCUACUCCUUUAUUUUCUGGAAGGAUACGUAAAUUGCGCCGACGAUGACGCAUCGACGCCUUGCCAUGCAUCAGGGGCGUCGGCUAUACUUGACGCUCUUGGUGGCUUCGAUGCGGCCUACAUGUCGUCCGAUAAGAUGACUCGAAUGCUCCUAUCUGAGUUCGCUUCAACUGAUCUCACAGAAGCUAUGAUGCAGGACCGGAGAACGCGCUUCCCUAGCGUGAUAUGGGCCCGAAUGGAACCUGGCUCAGUUUGGUGGGAAAGCCCACUGGGAAAUAGAUCGUUAGCCACAGUUUUGGGAACAAUGGCGGACAUGACGUCCUAUCGUCAAGAUGUAAAAGAAGGAACAGAACCGUGUAAUGAGAUGAUACAGGCCUUCGAAAGAGCACUUCAGCCGUCAUUUUCCAUGCUCGAGCAUUCCGCGGAGGAACAGAAACCACUGGGAUUGAAAUGCGACCUCUUUGAUGCAGUUACAGCGUCUUCGCUGUCCCUGAAUCGAUCGUUCCAGCACGCGGGUCUGAUCUAUCUUUACAGCGCUAUUCUUCACAUACCGAAUCAUCACUUCCUAGUGCAGCAACACGUUCAUGCGUGUCUGGAAUGUAUUCAAGGAAUGGACCCGAAGACCAAGGUGCAGAACUGCGCGCUUUUUCCGCUCUACGUCGCAGGGGCACACGCGAUCUCCGGACCCCAUAAGGCAACUGUCUUGGAGAAGCUUGAUGUAAUCUACAAAAACCUCAGAUUCGAAUCUGUUACCUGCGUCCGCAUGACGUUGGAGCAAAUAUGGACGACUUCAAGUCACACCAGUACCUGGAACGAUUUGUUCAAGGGCGUCUCACCAUGCGCACUGGUCAUAUGA